AUGUGGCAGCACUGUGCCCAUGGCUCUGAGCUGGACAUCCUGGAGGCGAUGAAGACCAGCUGCACUGACGUCCAGCACCCUCUGCCCGAACCACAGGCUUUCCCAAGGGUGUGGACACACCUCUUCUCCUCCAGAUGUAUCCGGGGUCUGGGGCCUGCGUGGCUGAGAGUUGCUGUUUUUACCUUCAUCACACAAACCUGCUCUGUUCCAGAUGUGGCUCCUCCCCGUGGUGUCUCUCCGCCGGCAGCCGGGACCCCUCCUGGCCGGAUAGGAGCGUACCCCACAGACCUGACCUUGCAGCUGCUGGCCGUGCGGAGGAAGAGCGGGCUGCCAGACUGCGGCCUGCAGCAGGCCCUGCGGGGCCGGCUCCGCCUGCUGGAGAAUGACAGCCGGGAGGUGGCCCACGUCCUCGGGGAGUUAUCGGCCAGGCUGCUGUCCAUCCACAGUGACCAGGAUCGGAUUGUGGUGACAUUUAAGACUUUUGAAGAAAUCUGGAAGUUUUCCACCUACCACGCUCUUGGCUUCACACAUCACUGCCUGGAAAACCUGCUGGUGGACCAGGCCUUCUGGCUGCUCUCACCCGACGAGGACGAGGAGACGGCCGUCAGCGUCCACGUGGACGAGGAGGCCUUGACGCGGACGCACAAGAGCCUCCUCCUCCAGGAAGGGCCUUUCUUUGUCCUGUGUCCUGACCACCAUGUGAGAGCGACAACUGGCCCCCAGGAUGCAGGGAGGGGCCCCCAGCCCCCCAGGCGGGCUUCAGGGGGUCCCCAGGGAGAGGCGGCCCCAGCAGUGGGCUCUACGGCCCUCAGUCCUAGCACAUCCUCCGAGGAGGUGGCGGCGAUGGUGGCGGCUCCGGAACCUCUGAUUCCGUUUCAUCAGUGGGCUCUUAGGGUCCCCUGGGACCCGGUUGAUGACUCCAUGGAUGGGCCUGUGACACCAGACAUCCAGCUGAUGGCCGUGGGCCUGGCCUCGGCGGUGGCCGACUGCCAGGGCUCGGGGCCCGAAGAGAUGACCUUCCGCAGCGGCGACCUCAUCGAGAUCCUCGGCGCCCAGGUGCCUGGCCUGCCCUGGUGCGUGGGCCGGCACGCGGCCUCGGGCGAGGUCGGGUUUGUGCGGACGAGUCUCAUCAGUGUACAGGGCCAAGUGUCUGAGUUGGAAAAUGCGAUCUUUCUUAGUGAGGAGGAGAGGUCGUUCUUCAGCAACGAAGACCACUUUUCUGAGGAGGAGGCCAGGCAGCUACUGAGGAGGACGUCCAGCACCGACGUCUGCUCGGUGUACAGCCUGGACCGAUUGGAAGAAGCUGAGUUUGAGCAGCCAGAAGAAGACGAAAUGCCUCUGCCUUGCCUGAACCCAGAGCCACGUGAGACCCUGCAGAAGGUGAAGAAUGUUUUAGAACAAUGCAAGUCCUGCCAGGGCUGCCCCAAGGAGCCAGAGUCCUGGGGUCUCCACACGGCAUCCUGUGGUAGGAGCUCGCCGGACACUGAGGAGCCCUCUUUCCACCUGGACGCCGGGGAGGACUGGGCCGACAUGGAGGCCCUGGGCUCGCUGCUGCUGUUCCUGGACGCACCUGAGCACAAGGCCUGCUUCCGUGGCCUGUAUGACCUCUCCCUGCCGGGGCUGAGCAGCAUGUUCUGCGGCUGCACCGACGAGGAGGUGCUGGCUGGGCUCCUGGCGCAGGCCCGGGGGGCAGCCAAGAAGGCUGGCCUCUCCAUGGCCCUCGCCAGGCUCUGCUUCCUCCUGGGGCGGCUGUGCGUGCGGAAGGUCAAGCUGUCCCAGGCCCGGGUGUACUUCGAGGAAGCCCUGGGGGCCCUGGGGGGCCGCUUCGGCGACCUCUUCCUGGUGGUGGCCGUGUACGCCAACCUGGCCACCGUCCACCUAAAGCAGAAGAACAGGGAGAAGUGCGCACAGCUGGUGCCCAAAGCUUCGGCCCUGCUCCUGGGGACGCCCAGCCCCGUCUGCAGCACCGAGGCGGAGGCCGAGCUCCUGAGACACGCUCUGCGCAGGGCCAUCCGCUGCCAGAGCCUGCAGGCCGAGGCCCGGGCCUGCUUCCUGCUGGCCAGGCAUCACGCCCGCCUCAAGCAGCCCGAGGAGGCCCUGCCCUUCCUGGAGAGGCUGCUGCUUUUGCACGAGGCCUUGGGGUCCCCGGACGCCUCGUGGCCCGCGGACUGCUACCUGCUCCUGGCGGACGUCUACAGCCGGAAGUGCCUGCCACGCCUGGCGCUGAGCUGCGUCAAGGUGGCCUCGCUGCGAGCUCGGGGCUCGCUGGGCAGCUGGCUCAGGAGCGUGGACCUGGUCCUGCGGAACACCCCCCAACACCCCCGCCUCCCCUCCCAGAUCGCCCACUACCUCCGGCGGGCGCUGGCCUCCCGGGCCUCGGGCCCGGGGCGGGUGCUGCGCGGCCCGCUCUGUGCCAGCCUGGCCCAGCUGCACAGCCACCACGGGCAGCACGUCAGGGCCAUCUCCCUCAUGACGCAGGCGGCAGAAGCCGACGCUGAGACCGGCGGCUGCCUGGUCGUGGACCGCCUGGUGGCCCUCGCCUGGUUGCACGUGCUUCAGGGGCAGAGCUCGGUGGCCCUGGACAUCCUGGAGUCUGUCCUGGACGCGGCAGUGGCCAGCGAGGACCAGCAGGGCGUGAUCACCAACAUGGCGGCCAUCGCCCUAAAGAGGACGGGCAGGACCCGGCAGGCGGCCGAGGGCUACUACCGGGCCCUGCGCGCGGCCCGGGCCCUGGGCCAGCUGCGGAACCAGGCAGUGGUCCUGGCCAACCUCGGGGCUCUGUGCCUGCGCGCUGGCGCCCGGGGGCUGGCCCAGCACUACCUCCUAGAGGCCGUGAAGCUCUUCUCGCAGCUGCCCUGCGGGGAGUGUGGCCGGGACUUCAGCCGGGUGCUCCUGCGGCUCGGCCACCUGUGCACCCUCGGGGCCCUCGCCCGCCAGGGCAAGUGCUACUAUGAGUGGGCCUUUCUGGUUGCCAUGGAGACGGACCACCUGGAGAGCCAGCUGCUUGCCGUCCAGCGGCUGUGUCACUUCUACAGUACAGUCAUGCCCAAUGAGGCCCAACGUGUCGUCUACCUCGAGUUCCAGCUCUCACUGGCCCGCAGGGCGGCCAACAAGGCACUGGAAGGGCAGCUCCUGGAAACCAUCAGCCGGCUCUACCUGACCCUGGGCACCGAGCGGGCCUACAAAUCCGCGCUCGACUACACCAAGCGCAGCCUGGGGGUCUUCAUCGACCUGCAGAAGAAGGAGGAGGAGGCGCGCGCCUGGUUGCAGGCGGGGAAAAUCUACUACAUCCUCCAGCAGAACGAGCUGGUGGACCUGUACAUCCAGGUGGCACAGAACGCAGCCCUGUACACGGGGGACCCCAACCUGGGGCUGGAGCUGUUCGAGGCGGCCGGAGACAUCUUCUUCAACGGGAGCUGGGAGCGGGAGAAAGCCGUGUCCUUCUACCGGGACCGGGCACUGCCGCUGGCCGUGACCACAGGGAACCAGGAGGCAGAGCUGCGGCUGUGCAACAAGCUGGUGGCGCUGCUGGCCGAGCUGGAGGAGCCUCGGGAGGGCCUGGAGUUCGCCCACGUGGCCCUGGCGCUCAGCAUCUCCCUGGGGGACCGGCUGAACGAGCGAGUGGCCUACCACCGGCUGGCCACCCUGCACCACCGGCUGGGCCACGGCGAGCUGGCUGAGCACUUCUACCUCAAGGCCCUGUCACUCUGCACCUCGCCGCUGGAGUUCGACGAAGAGACGCUAUACUACGUGAAGGUGUACCUGGUGCUUGGAGACAUCAUCUUCUACGACCUGAAGGACCCGUUCGACGCGGCCGGGUACUACCAGCUGGCGCUGGCGGCGGCCGUGGACCUGGGCAACAAGAAGGCGCAGAUGAAGAUCUACUCGCGCCUGGCCACCAUCUACCACAACUUCCUCCGCGACCGCGAGAAGUCCCUCUUCUUCUACCAGAAGGCCAGGACCUUCGCCACUGAGCUCAACAUCCGCAGGAUCAACCUGGCCCCUGAGCGGGGCUGCGGGCGAGCGCCCUGGCUGGCCCCCGGCCACCCGCCCUGAGGGCCCUGUCCAGGGAGUGG